CAGCGUACGAGUAUGACCUGAUAUAUCGUCCUGGUAAAGAAAACGGAAAUGCAGAUGCUCUUAGCAGACUACCUUUGAAAAUUGAGCCAAAGUCUACACCAAUACCACAAGAAGUAGUAAAUUUGGUGGACCACCUCAAUCAAAGUCCAGUGGAUGCUUUGAAGAUCAAACAGUGGACCUUGCGAGACCCCGUACUAUCACAAGUACUUAAGUUUACACUUCAAGGGUGGCCAUCGCAAGUGAAUGAUGAGAACAUUAAGCCUUACCUCACACGAAAAGACGAGAUUAGUGUUCAAGAUGGAUGUCUGUUAUGGGGAUCGCGGGUAAUGGUUCCUCCCAAAGGAAGAACGGACGUCCUGAAUCUUUUACACGAUACUCAUCCGGGAAUGUCACGAAUGAAAAGUUUAGCUCGUGGACAUGUUUGGUGGCCAGGAAUCGAUAAAGAAAUAGAAGAAAAGGCAAAGAAAUGUUCAACAUGUCAAGUACACCAGAGGACAACCCAAAGAGUACCUUUACAUCCCUGGGAAUGGCCACACCGACCAUGGUCCCGUAUACAUAUCGAUUACGCAGGCCCUUUUAUGGGCAAGAUGUUUUUACUGAUAAUCGAUGCUCACUCGAAAUGGUUGGAUAUUCACAUAACCAACUCGUGCAAUACUCAGUCAACGGUCGAGAAACUCCGCAUGACAUUUGCAAAUCAUGGAUUACCGGAGAUGGUAGUUUCUGAUAAUGGUCCAGCUUUCGUGAGCAAGGAAUUCGAGGAAUUCAUGAAAAAUAAUGGAAUUCGACAUGUAAAAUCUGCCCCUUAUCAUCCUUCAACGAAUGGCUUAGUCGAAAGAGCUGUGCAAACGUUUAAGAAAGCGAUGAAGAAGCAGAGUGGAACUUUGCAAACUCGUUUAUCUCGAUUCCUAUUUAAGUAUAGAACCACAUCGCAUACCACGACAGGUAUAUCGCCCGCGGAAUUAAGAUGGGGAACCAAGUUACGAUCACACUUGACAUUAUUACAGCCAGAUGUUGGGAAAACUGUACGUUAUGCUCAACAUAAGCAGAAGAGACAUUGUGAUGAACACGUAAGACAGCGUUCAGUCUCCAUUGGUGACGAUGUUUUCGUGAGAAAUUAUUCAAACCCGAAGUUUCCAUGGACUGCUGGAAAAGUCGUUGAGUCUACGGGCCCAAUUUCUGCGAAAGAUCCGUUUGCUCUUUCUGCUCCGCCUCAUGCACCUGAAACGCUGCUUCAUGUGAUUGCUGGAUGUAAGACGUAUUUAGACGAAGACCGGUUUACAUAGUCUCCCACGCAGCCUGUUCGCAGGUCCGAGUUUUCUCCCCAAAACCUCGGACCCGCGAACAGGCUGCGUAGGAGACUACCAUUCCGGCUUUUCAAAAAGUAUUUAUAAGAUUAUAAAAUGUAGAUUCAAAUUUAAAAAUAUCAAUACGUUCACAACUACAUAUAUUAAAGUAUUAUGUUUGAUAUUAUAAUAUAAAAAUAAAUAUUUGGAGUUAUACACCCUCUUAGCACGAUAAGAUAUAUUGCUUAAGUUCUAUCUUAAACUUUUAAAGUUGUCAAUAUAUUUAAUGCUAUCAUCAAAAUUGUUCCAUAGCUUUACUGCACGGAAAUGGAAUGUCCUCUGACCAGUAGAUGUUCUAAAUUUUGGAAUGACCAGGUCAUUAAUGUGCCUGGUGGCCCGUGGUGAAUAGACGUUCGUUGUUGGAAUUGAUCUUUUUGAAAGUCCCUUCAAGCACUUAUAUAUCUGAAGAGUAUCUCUAUAUAUCAAAUAUCUAUCAACAGGCAGCCACUUUAGAUCAUGUAGCACAGGCGUGAUUGUGAUCGACUUUAUUAUAAUCCUGGCAGCAAAAUUUUGAACUAUAAUUGCAUUUUUUUCACAUUUUUCGCCGUUGUAUUUGACCACACGACUGACCAGUAGAAUAAUUUGCUCAAAACGAAAGGAUUUCGCGGUCUAGAAGAUGACGUAUUCUGUUAAUCUGGCAGAGUUUCAAUAAAUAUGAUGAAACCAGUUCACUAAUAUGGGUAUCAUACUUAAAUGUGAGUCUAGAACAACUCCUAAAUCUUUAGCUGUAAAAAUUGGGUGUAAUCGUUUACCCAGGAAAUUGAACGUAAUACCCUCAGAGAAUACGCUUAUAGCAGCUGCGGUGUACCAAUUAAUAAGAAUUUUCUCUUGGCCGGGUUUAGAAGAAGCGAGUUUGCACAACAUCAUCUGGCUACAAUGUUUAAAUAUUCUUCCAAGACCCUUUCUGCUUCCGAUUUAACUUUGAUCGAAAAAGAUAAUGAAAUUUUACUGUCAUCGACGUAUGAAUCCAGCGACAAUUCUGUUGUUAUGGAUGGGAGGUCGUUUGUGUAG